GUUUCCAACUGGAUUUCUGUUUUGCGCAGCCAUGAAACUCACGUGACCAUUAGGCUCCACCUGGAACAUAUACACUAGGACUAGAUCCAGGACCGGUCCAUGUAAGGAGAUUUGUUUCGUUUUCGAACAUCUUGCGCCGGCCUUCGCUCUGCAAUGUUCAUUGCAACUCUAUCCACUACGCACCUGAACACAGCCCCCGCGCUCCGCAACGCGUUUCAGCUAUGCAAAUCCUUUCACGCGCAUGUCCUCGGAUCCGUUUAGAACCUGAUCGUCAUUUGUCAACGAAAUCAUCUGUUAUCAGGACAUUGAUGACCCCUGUUCAUGGUUCCCGCGCAGACGGAGUUUCUCCCUGCACUAAGCCAUAAAUGCGCUCCUUAUAAUGCCGCAUUGCCGCAUUGCUUGCAGCCAGCUUGUCCUUGAUAACCGUCUCAUUACCUGUUGCCUCUCUUCCGACAUCGAAAAACGCUUCACCUCUUGUACCCCUCGACGCCCAGGCAUGUCUGACUCUCCGGAUGUUCAAGACGAGAUCUUCGCCGCCUACCGUAGGCUGUAUAUCGAAAAUUAUUGUAUCGUCGCAUCUUCCGUUUGGCUAUUUUAUGACACCAAUCUACUUCCUCACACGCUACGGCGCCGUGGCGGAGCGAAUCACUCUCAUGGUCAGCUUGUUUCUGAAGACUACUACAGACAGUCGGUAAUUAUCUUCAUUGCAGACUAUUUGAAGUGCACUAAUUCAGGUCUUGAAAGAUGUGUGCCGGUUUUGCGCCUGGAUGACACUCUUACAGAUCUUAAUUACGCUGCGAUUGGAGGCUUCACCGCUCUGCGGUUGUUCGGCAUAGGAAGCGGUACUUGGUUGCCAUUGGUGGCUGUUGUUAUCAUCUGGACUGCAAGGAUAGCCAUAGCUGUGUAUCUGCAAGUCACUUAUACACCUAUUGCAUUCGGCCCACCUUUAUUCGGUUGCGGAGCAUUGUGGAGCACUGCUCAUAUGAUGCACUUGCUCAGUCUCGAUACUGCCGUCAACUCUUUGGUCCUAGCCUCAGAUGUCCUUCUGUUGGCUAUGACAUGGGUGAAGACUUUCAGUAUUCAUCGGCAGUCGCGUCAAAUCGGUAUUCAUACACCUGUGGCCGCUCUAAUACUUCGCGAUGGCACCAUUUACUUCGGAGCAAUCCUCGUGGUACAAAUCCUCGCUAUAGUUUCGAGUCAGCAAGGCUCGGGGUUUAUUCUCUGGGAUGUCUGGGUAUAUUUCGCUCAAAUUGUGACAGUUAUCUUCUUGAGUCGAUUCAUGCUCAACCUUCGCGGAGUCUACCUCAAGUCUUCCGGUGGCGAACUAACAUCAAUCUUCGCUGUGUCAGAUGUCCAAUUCGCCACUAACAUUGUUGGCAACCUUGGUGCACCCCUCGAUGUAGGAAAUACCGCGACAUCCACCACAGUCUCCGGAGAAGACGGUUGGACUAACAACUAUGAUUCUGAUGCAGAGGAAAAGCCGGAGCUGUCGAGUAAUCCGUUGGCUGUUGGUGUCAUUGCGCCUGCUGAAGAAGUCGAGAUGCACCCAACAGAGUCGGGACGUCAAUCUCCUAAAGCGCCAGAGGCGUAGGACUAUAUUUCCACAGUAUCGCAUCUAAUAUUACGACCUUCGCCCGUGGAUCUGAGUCAUGUAUCACUUUGACGUUAGAGCUUCAUUCUUGUAUUAAUACGCUAUUCACGACUAUCGU